GGAGGCAAAGGCGGAGGGAGGUAGCGGCAGCUGCGUAGAACUGGGUGGCGCAGCGGCGGCGGUGCCGAGGAGAUGGCUUCCUGGAGCGCGCCUUCGCCCAGCCUUGUAGAGUAUUUUGAGGGCCAGACCUCCUUCCAGUGUGGCUAUUGCAAGAGCAACUUUGGCAGUUGCUCCCAUGGCAUGUGGGCACAUUCCAUGACAGUGCAGGAUUAUCAGGAUCUUAUAGACCGAGGAUGGAGAAGAAGCGGGAAAUAUGUGUACAAGCCUGUCAUGAAUCAAACAUGCUGUCCUCAGUAUACAAUAAGGUGUCAUCCUUUACAGUUUCAGCCCUCAAAAUCUCACAAGAAAGUUUUGAAAAAAAUGCUGAAAUUUCUGGCUAAAGGAGAGAUCUCGAAAGGCAAUUGUGAGGACGAGCCCAUGGAUUCUACAAUGGAGGAUGCUGUUGAUGGUGAUUUUGCAUUAAUGAACAAGUUGGAUAUAAAGUGUGAUCUUAAAACACUCAGCAGUGACCUCAAAGUAAGCAUAGAAAGUGAAGAGAAGGAGAAAGAAAAGAGUUUAAAGAAAGAAGGAUCUAAAGACUUGAUUCAUCCACAAGCUAUAGAGGAGAAGUUGGGCUCUGGUGAACCAUCACAUUCAAUCAAAGUUCAUAUUGGGCCUAAGCCAGGUAAAGGGGCUGAUUUGAGUAAGCCUCCAUGUCGAAAAGCAAAGGAAAUGAGGAAAGAAAGGAAAAGGUUAAAACUGAUGCAGCAGAGCUCAGCUGGAGCCUUUGAGGGCUUCCAGGCUCAAGGUCAGCCAGUAUCUUUGUUACCAAAGGCUAAAUCCAACCAGCCCAAGUCACUGGAAGACUUGAUUUUUGAAUCUUUACCAGAGGAUGCAUCGCACAAGUUAGAGGUGAGGGUGGUAAGAUCUUCUCCACCAAGUCCUCAGUUCAAAGCCACAUUUCAGGAGUCUUACCAGGUCUAUAAACGUUACCAGAUGGUUAUUCACAAGGAUCCACCUGAUAAGCCAGCUGUGAGCCAGUUUACAAGAUUCCUUUGCAACUCACCAUUGGAGGCAGAGCACCCUGCUAAUGGACCAGAAUGUGGUUACGGCUCUUUUCACCAGCAGUACUGGCUUGACGGGAAGAUCAUUGCUGUGGGGGUGAUAGACAUCCUCCCAUACUGUGUGUCUUCUGUGUAUCUGUACUAUGAUCCUGAUUAUUCAUUCCUGUCUUUGGGUGUCUAUUCAGCAUUAAGAGAAAUUGCUUUUACUAGACAACUGCAUGAGAAAACAUCACAGCUCAGCUAUUAUUACAUGGGUUUCUACAUUCACUCCUGUCCCAAGAUGAGAUACAAGGGUCAGUAUAGACCUUCUGAUUUGCUGUGUCCUGAGACAUAUGUCUGGGUACCCAUUGAGCAAUGCCUGCCUUCUCUGGACAACUCCAAGUACUGCCGUUUCAACCAGGACCCACAAGCAGAGGAUGAAGGGCGCAGUAAGGAACUUGACCGGCUACGCGUGUUUCACAGACGAUCUGCCAUGCCUUAUGGUGUUUAUAAGAACCACCAAGAAGAUCCAAGCGAGGAGGCUGUUGUGCUGGAGUAUGCAAACCUCGUAGGGCAGAAGUGCUCGGAGAGGAUGCUGCUCUUCAGACACUGAGGGCCUGCCCCACAGCCCAGCACAGCCCAGCACAGCCUGGGCCUCCUGCCGCAGCCCUGCCUGCGUCUCGCUCGGCUCCUGCAGACACUCACCAAGUACAUUCAUAGAGCUUUUUAAAAAUAUUUUGUGGAAUUGUAUUUAUGAGAAUCUUGUGAUUAAUAUAAAGAUUUUAAAAUACUCUAUGAUCUAGUCCUUUAAUUGGGACUGGACUUUUGGAGUUUGCUUCUGGAGCAAAGUAUGCUAAAUGUCUCCAGUAAAUAUUUGGGGAAGGAAAGUGAGGAAGUGAAUCUAAGUAAUUUCCUCAUAGUUAGUUUUGUCCUGGAGAAAUUCUGACACAGAGACUAUUCUUUUAGACCAGUGGUUCUUGUGGAUUCAUGACAUCGUAGGGGCCGAAUGUUAGAUAACCUGUGUAUAAGAUUCAUUCUAAUUCAUAAUUGUAGCAAAAUUACACUUAUGAAGUAGCAAUGAAAUAAAUUUAUGGUUGGUGAGAGGGGUCCCCACAAUGUGAGGAACUGUAUUAAAGGAUCGCAGUAUUAGGAAGAUAGAGAACCACUGGCUAAGACCCAUGCAAGACCUGAGCUUUUGCUGGGAAAUAUAGGUGGGGUCAAAGGUGAAGUGCACAUUCCCUCACUAGGAAAUGUGCCUUUCCCACAAACCAAAACUCUGUUACUCUGUUUGAUAUUAAAUUCUUUCAGUGCUACAGUGUAUUAUUAAUAGACAACCUGUAAUGAAAUGUAAACAUUACAAACAUCAGGUGUUCACUUUGGGUGUCUGUCCAGGAUGGUCCUGCUUAUGUCCGUUGUCUUGGCAUAAUUGUUUUCCCCUGUUGCUAGUGUUCCCUUGUGCCCCAGAGUUAUCUCAGUUUGGUGAUAAAAUAUACAGUGAUCUUAGUGAUGUUUGUUCUAUUUCUACAAAUCUUAAGAAACAUCUUUUAAAGAAAUGGUAACUCUUGCUUGAUCUGAGGCUUAUCCAAAGAAAAUAGGUUCCUACUUUCCAUUCUCUGGAGCUCAGGAAGCUCUCUCGUGGUUGAUGAUAGAAGUGGUUGUUAACGAGUCCUGUAGCUGUGCACAGGCUGUAGUGAAGGGGGCCAUAGCCUCUGCAUCCCUCCUCUGCUUGUGGGUCAGAGAAUAGGCACGGCCAUUGGUACUGCAGCACAGAGACAGCCGCUUACCUUUACUCCUGUGCUCUUGGGCCUUCUGCUUGCUCACCAAAUGCCUGCUGUCGAGGAGGCAGGCAGCCCAUUAAAGAGGCACUCAGACAUGGUGAGGCAAGGCUCCCCUCAAGUGUGCUAGAAGCUAGAUCACGGGUUAGCUCUUUGUACUCGUUCUCAGCUGGACUCUUCUGUGCUGCCUGCCUGGCCUUGGACCUGUCAAGAGCACCCUAUUCUAUAGUGAGGGUAGUGUUACUUUAUUUCUCUUUAUAAAAAUUACUCCAGUAGUAAGAAACUAAAACGCUAAGAAAUUAAGAGUCAUUUAAAAUCCUCCCAGGCCUAGAGAAAGGUGCAUUAUAGAAAUGCAGACAUCAUUAGUCUGCCUCAAAUAAAACCGCACAGUCCUUGCUGUGUAGUUGCUCUCAGUGGUAACUUGUGAAUGUAUUUGAGAUUGGAGAUUGUAGAAAAUGUGAUUGGUAAUCUUGUAAUUAUUAAAUAGCGUGGGGUCAGCAUAUGUGCCCUUGGCAUUGGGUUGCCCGGCACACUGCGUCCCCCUUUUCCCUGUAGGUAGUAUAUCCAUGCUAGGGUGUUCAGUCCAAUGUCUUACUAGCUCUGAGCUCCUCCCGCAGAGUGGAGGAAGAUGCUCACUGCCCUGUUUCUAUACCUGGGAGACUACAGAGCAACUUGGGCAUGAAAACUCUUCAGCUUAGUUGCUGUGCUCUCAUUCUCUUCCUCUCCCUCCCUCCCUCUGCCCCCCCAAUAUAUUUUUUUAACUAGUAUGAAAUCUUAGGGGUCUAGAUGUUGUCAAAGAUGUGCCCUUGGGUAAGGCUGAGGAGAUAGCUUAGUACAGUGCCUGAUUUUCUCUCUAGAGCCCAUGUAAAGAGGAUCUGGUAGUGUGUGUUUGCAAUGCAGGCGCUGGGCAGUCAGUAGAGAAGAACCUCUGGGACCCACCGGGAGCAUGGAGAAUUUAGAAUGCUGUCUAGAAGGAGGUGGACAGCAUUCAUGAGGACAUUACGUGUUGUCCUCUGUACAUGGAUUACAAAGAGGAGCUUGCUAAUGUCUUGAGCUGUCAAGUGAGUGUCCAUCACAGCUAGGAUAGGACCGUCAAGGAAAGUAUCCCACUUGGCAUUUCUGCAAAGUCUAGUGAGGUACCUGAUUCUGUGUCAGUGAUCUUCAUCUGAAUAAAGAUACGUGGGAUCCUUCCUUUCUGAGACAGUUUCUGUCUUCUCCUUCUUUAGACCCUCUGAGUUCAGGUAACGUCACAGCCCCUCCAUGCCUGACAGCACGGGUUUCAUUUUGACUCUCAGUGUGCCGUCUUUAUUUAAAUUAUUUUCAGUUCUCUGAGACUUCGUUACUCGAUUACAGGUAAUCCGAGCACUUCUCCAUUCUAAGAUAGAGGCUAUAUUAUCAGAUGAAUAUAUUCACUCAGUUAAAAUUAUUUAGAUACAAAUUAUUGUUUAUGUUUUCUUUCAAGCAAUCUCCUAUUUUUAUCCAUUUGAAAAUGCCAGUUUUGUGUGGUUUCUUAGCAUAUCAAAAUUAUUAUGUAGAAGAAUCUUCCUAGCUUUCUGAACAGCAAAUAGUUUGGUUUAUAAAUAUUGUAUUAUUUCAGUAUGAAUAAAAGAAAGAGAAUACAAACAUUUUACCAAAAUGAUUAUACUGUGACUGACUUAAAAGAAGGAAAUGAGUGAGGACUUGAUAUGUUUGAAUUACAAUUAUUCAAAUAUGUGUUCCUUGUCUAAGGAAACCACUGGGUAUAAGGCAAAAUAAGUUUGACUGCAUCAGACAGUUUUGCUCUUGUAAUGGAAAAAAUAAUAAAGCUGUUUCUAUCUGCAGUGCUUCUCUUCAUCCAUUCCUUAGUGACAUAUGGUUCCAGCACCAUGUACACCUGUAACCAUUCAGCGUUAGCUACAGAGAAGCAAGCGCACGCAUACUUGUCACACGCACACACACACACACACACACACACACACACACACACACACACACGUAUAUCCUUGAAUACGUUACACCUGUAAUAAACAUGUAGAAAAUGUUGACUAUAUGAAUUAUAAAAUAUAGUUGGCAAUAAUAAGCUGCAGACCAUUUGGUUAUGUCAAAGUAUGGGUGAUUUCCUCUUUAGAGAAUAAAAUAAUCUUAAUUUAGCAAAAUGUGUAGAAUUCACAAAAAUUAGCAUGAACAUUUUUCUUUUAUCCUGAAGAUUUCCAGAGAUAAUUGUCAAACUGUGAGGCCACAGUGUAUUUAAUUCACAGUUGUAUUGGUGGGCUGCAUUUACCAGUGUUUUGCCUUUCCCUGUGAUAAGGAGGAUCGUGGUGGAUUGGUUAUAAGAUGAACCUUAUUUUCAAGAGAAUUAAAUAUUACUUUUAUUUUUUUCUCCAGA